AUGGGUGGAGGAGGAGGUACUGCAACGACGAGUCUUAGGACUCUGGAGGGGCACGCACGACACAACACAACACAAGGACUUAAAGCCGCGCUGGCUUCUAAAGCUGUCGCUGGAUAUUCUGAUGAAGGGAUGGAAAGCUUUAUCUCUAUAUUCCAAAGGAACGAGUUCGGAGAUAAAGAUGAGGAGCGUAGAGAUAUUUCACAGCUUACUUUUUCCAGGGAGGGCACCAUACCGGUUGAUCAAUCUACAUGUAUGUACUCUAUGGAUUUUAGGUGCCUACUACAGCUACAUGCGCCUUUAAUAAAUUUAAAACAAGGCUUACUUACUCCCCUUGAAUCAGCUGCGCGCACUGAGGCGUCUCCGGUCUCGCCUGGUCCCUCGUUAGAUUCUACGUACCCCACAUACGUCAACAUCAAUACUGUCGAUCAAAAGCAGUAUUACCAAGAUAUAGUGGUAAUAAAGGCCGGUUGUGAAGCAUUGAAAAUUAUUCCGAGCCCUAAAUUUCUGUUUGAUUGA